GUUCCAGCUAUUGGAGUACUUUAUAUCUUUUCGCAGUUUUCUUUAUAUUAGUUAAUUGGGUUAUAAAAGCGCUCCGACCUGUGACGCUGUGGUAGUAGUGCAAUUACACAUGGCAUAGAUGCUGAAGAGUCUCAGUUUUACCAGGCUUACAUACACAGGCAUCUUUUUAUGGCUUUGUAUCACUGAGAUAAAAUAAUCACAACAAUGUCAAAAGCCACAAAGCGUAAACAUGUGGUUAAGGAGGUUCUUGGUGAUUAUGUGCAGCCCACUGAGCACCAGCGUAUAGUUAAGGUUUUAGGAAGCCCGGGUAACAAUCUCCAUGAGGUUGAAACAUCUGAAGGGGAACGAUUUCUGGCUAGCAUGCCAACAAAAUUCAGGAAGAACAUUUGGAUAAAAAGAGGUGAUUUUCUUAUUGUUGAUCCAAUAGCCGAAGGAGAAAAGGUCAAAGCAGAAAUAGCUUUCAUCCUGUACAAGGAUCACCAAAGACUUCUACAAAAGGAGGGGCUCUGGCCAGAAGGCUUCACGCAAGACAAAACAGGAGUUGUUACCAAGGAGAAUGAAAACAAUGGAAUCCAGAGCACAGAGGCACUGAGCACAGCACAAGCAAAGGAACAAGGGGAGGAUAGCGAAACAGAUGACGACAGCGGCCUGUUUGUUAAUACUAAUCGUGUACAUUAUGAAGACAGUGAGGAGGAGUCGGAAAGCGAAGAAGAGUCAGAGAGUGAAGAAGAUGAAGAAAACUGAGUGCAGAAGGCUUAAACUUUGGGGGAUAAAUGACGCAGUUAUCAUAAUAACUGGAAAACUACUGGUCUCUAAAACCAGUAAGGACUAAUAAAAUGUCAAAUAUUUGUAUUUUGUUCUUUUGAGGAUGUAAAAUUUGCUUGUACUGAAUAAAAUGUUUUCUUUAUGCA